AUUUAGAAUUUACACAAUUUGAGGUGAGAUUUCACCACAAUUUCCGUAGGAGGUCGAAAUUAUUCGGAUGACACUGAGUGAUAUGGAAAAAUGAAAUGUUAGAAGAGGCUUUUCAGUCUUAAAUAGCGUGCAACACUAAAACAUAUCAAUCGUCAUUAAUUAUGCAUCAUGUGAGUAUCACAAAUUAGUCUUAGGCCUAUCAUAAGAUAGACCAGGGAAAUAUUUCUGUUUGAUUCUCUUGAAAGUGCUCACGAGCGUCGAGCCAAGCGUUGCAUGUGGAUUCCCUUGCCUUCUUAAUAUUACAAACGUAAUAACAGGUAACUGUAGGAUGUUCUUAAUCCUUUUUUGUGAUUGUAACCCUUGUUGUUGUUUUUGUCGAGAAUUUUAAUUAUGUUUGUUACUUUCUUUGACAGAUCCAACCAGACGUGUAUUCAUGUAUGUCCUACUUCUCAAAUCAGCCGGUGAAAAUGCAACCAGUUGUAAUGAUGAUCCUUAUGUACAGGUCCUAACAAAAGCAGGCUUUACUGUCGAUCUGUUGGAGACUCUUGAUUUUAUGUAUAAUACAGCAAACUUGGAAGAAUAUAAAAAUUGGCGAAACAAUCAUAGUUGUAUUAUUUUUAGCAGUCCACGGGCUGUAAUUGCCUGUGUUAAGGCAGGAUUGACAGGAAAUGAAAAUGAUCUUUGCUUUGUCGUUGGUCCAAGUACCGAAUUACAAGCUAAGAAGGCUGGAUUUUCACCAAAAGGAGCAUCAUCAGGAGAUGCCGAAGAACUCUCAGACUUUAUUGUAAAGCACUUUGCUUCAAAAUUGGAUAAGCCUAUCUUCUUUCCAUCUGGUCAAGUUCACCGUGAUACAAUACCAAAAGCUUUAGAAGCUGAAGGGAAAAAGGUGAAUACUGUUAUUGCAUACUCUUCUGUAGAAAAUACUAAACUCCAUGAAAAGUUGAGAUUAAAUCUGUGUGAAGGAAAUCCAAUACCUGAUUGUUUAGUAUUCUUCAGUCCAUCUGGUGUUUCACUAACUGAAAAUAUACUGUUAACUGAAAUAAAACCGCACAGGCCAAAUGUCAAGCUUGUUGCUAUGGGACGUGCAACCGCGAAUAGGCUAAAAGAACUUGGUAUGACUGUUUCAGCAAUUGCUGCAUCACCAAAACCUGAAAGUCUACUGGCAGCAAUGAAACAAUUGAAGUGA